AGUGUGAUAGAUAUCGCCGUCUGUGACGCACGCUAGUCUAACGAAAAUUGGCGCGAAUAACUUUUACAUAAUUUCGAAAUUGAAAUGAGUUCAUAAGUAUUUUUUCUGUAAUGACAGAUACAGUAAAUUAUAUUAUAAGGGUUAUUGUAACGACAACAUUUUAUUACGUGUUACUGUGUGUUUUUAAAGAAAUACGGCGGUAUUGGACUGAAAUUGAUUUGGUGUCUUGAAUAACUUGGAUUGUUUUCAUUUUAAGCGAUAAUAUUUGGUAUAAAUUGAAAAUGGACGAUGUUAUGAAUAUAACAGACGACAUAACUUCUAGUGCAAGACCUAGCGAACUCUCGAAAUUUUCUCCGGCAUUAUUAACAUUCGCCGCGGUUGUGACGGGUUUUAUCAUGGUAAUAGGAUUAUUCGGCAACCUACUCACUGUAGUCGCCCUUAUUAAGUGCCCGAAAGUCAGAAAUGUGGCAGCAGCCUUCAUUAUAAGUCUAUGCAUAGCAGACUUUUUAUUCUGCGCUAUGGUGCUGCCGUUUGCCAUAUCGGGAUUCUGGACAAGGACUUGGUCUCACGGCGGGGCUCUUUGCAAGCUUGUACCGUUCUUGCGGUACGGCAAUGUUGGAGUGUCAUUGCUGAGCAUCGCUCUCAUAACCUUGAAUAGAUAUAUUAUGAUUGCUCACCACAGCUGGUAUGCCCGCGUCUAUCGAAAACAUAACAUAGCCUUAAUGAUCGUAUUCUCGUGGAUGUUCUCGUACGGCAUGCAGAUACCGACUCUUGUUGGAGUAUGGGGUAAAUUUGACUACGAUCCAGAAUUGGGCACAUGUUCUAUAAUGCCUGACGAGCAUGGACGCUCUUCGAAAACUGCUCUGUUCGUCAUCGCCUUCAUUGUACCAGCCCUGUUGAUAUUCAUUUGUUAUGCCAGAAUAUUCUGGGUUGUUCACAGUUCAGAACAACGUAUGCGCGAACAUCAACGCUCGCAGCACACUGGCGCUGGUACACUCAACAGCACAGACAAAAGGUCUACAGUAAAAGACAAUAGGGACACAAAAGCGAGGCGGAAUGAGUGGCGUAUAACGAAGAUGGUCCUUGCGAUUUUCCUUUCUUUCCUCGUGUGCUACCUACCGAUCACUAUCGCAAAAGUCGCCGAUAGUCACGUGCAUUACCCCGUGUUCCACAUCGCCGGCUACCUCCUGCUGUACGCGAGCGCGUGCGUGAACCCGAUCAUCUACGUGAUAAUGAACGCGCAGUACCGCGCGGCGUACGCGGCGGCGCUGUGCUGCCCCCUGGCGCGGCUGCCGGGCCUCACCAGCGAGAAAUGGAACGAGCGUCACGGGUACAGCUUCAGCAACACACGAACGGCGCUCAGCCAAGUGUCGAUCGGCGAGUCGAGAGCGGACCCUCGGGCGUCCGGAUUACCCACGGGCCCAGGGCCAAGGUAGACCUUAGACCGAUGGGAUCGAGUAGCGCAGGGCCCAGCUCGCAGCACAGCGUUGGACACCGAACAGAAAAUUCCAUGCGUACAAACACAGGGUCACAGCUAAAAACGAAAAAUACCACCAAACACAAAAACAUUCCACUAAAGCAGAAAAGGGAUUAUUCAUAGCGACUUGUCGCUCACUAGUGAGAUGUACCAAAGAUAUAAUAAAAUUGCGUUUAACCAAAUUAUAUUUGCAUGCAUUUAUAAAUUUACACCAUAGUGAUAUUUUAAAAAAAACGUGAUAUAGAUACACUUUGAGACCAACGUCCGUCCCAUUAAUGAGUGACAAGUAAGCAAUAUUUAUACAUGCGUAUACAGGGUUUUUUUUCCAAACAAUAUACAUCUAAUUAUAAUCAUGGUUGAUGCAUUCAUAUGUAUACACAUUUGUCAUAAUUUACUUACAUUCCAAUAGCCUUGAUUGAUAUAAUUUUCUUAUGCUACCGACUUUACAUUCCUUAAUAUAAACCGUAGUUUCGCCAAAGAAUGUUACAUAUAUGAGAUAUUUUAGCGGGAAAUAAAGCUCAAUUCGUAACCAUAAAAGACCAAACAGUAUUUAAGCUAGUAAAUUUAUUUUGAGACCUGAGCUGAUUUUUUUAAAUGCCAUAUUAAAUGUAUAUCCAAUAACGUAAGAAUUUUAAUGAAAUGACAUUUCUAAUUUUAAUCGUGUUAAGUUAUUAAGUUAUUUAUUAUUUUGUUUUAUUAUAAUUGUGAACAAAAGAAUGUUUUAAAAAUAUACGAAUAAACGACG